AUGCUGCGCAUGCUGCGCGGUCGAGCCAAAGCUCAGACUGGCAGCAGCCACCAUUCCUCGCCGGCACCGGCGCCAGCGCCGAAGACCCCGCUGGACGAUGAGGACCUGCUCCAGGAGAUCCUCCUCCGCCUCCCUCCGAAGCCAUCGUCCCUCUCCCUCCCGCGUGCCUCCCUCGUUUGCCGGGGAUGGCGCAGCAUCCUCUCCGACCCCGAGUUCCUCGAACGCUUCCGCAAAAACCACCAUACACCGCCUCUGCUGGGCUUCUUCGCAGGGCACGUCCACGCAACACCAGUCUUCACCCCCAUCCUCGACUCGCCGGACCGCAUCCCUGCCUCCCGCUUCCCCGUGCCGCAGAGCCACAGCCGCAACGACGAGUGGCGCUUCAUGGGCUGCCGCCACGGCCUCGCCGUGCUGCUCGAGGUGUCCCGUCGCGAGGCCGUGGUGUGGCAUCCCCUCACCGGCCAACGGCGCCAUGUCAGUUUUCCACCGGGGAUGCACACCGACGACUGGAAUCGCUGGCAUGCCGCGGUGCAAUGCGCCGAUGCCGCAGAUGGGCAUGUGCAUGGCGACUGCUUCUCCAACCCGUUCAAGUUGGUGCUGAUCCUGGUCGCACAACGCGUGCGAGCAUUCGCCUGCCUCUAUGAAUCAGCUUCCGGUGUCUGGGGAGAUAUUGCGUCGACGGCGACCAGGGAUACCAUUUGUUAUACAGAGCCCAGCGUCCUCAUUGGGAAUGAGUUUUGCUGGUUGCUUGGUAAAGGUGACAUCCUUGCGUUUGAUAUUCAAAGGCAGAGCCUUGGUGUCAUUGAGAAGCCAGAUAUGAGGCGCUACUAUUCUUCUGUUCGGCUCUUCCGGACAGAGGAUAAUGGACCUGGCCUCGCAUGUUUGUCAAAACUGACUAUCCUACUAUGGGCGAGGAAAUCGAAUUAUGAUGGGGUUGUCGGAUGGGAGAUGCUGCAGAAAACCAUUAAACUCAAGGGGCUCUUUCCACGCAAGAUGCCAAGUUAUGACAAGUUGGUAUAUCUUAGUGGGUAUGAUGAGGACACAAAUGCGAUAGUUCUAACUACGGAGACUGGCAACUUCACGCUCCAACUUGACUCGGCGCAGAUCAGACAUAUUAUUAAAAGAGAUUACAUUUGUGAUAACACCUUUUAUCCAUAUACAAAUUUCUAUACCGCAGGUAAUACACAGCUAUCUUACCCUGCCAUUCACAAACUGCUAGUAGAGGAAGCAUAUACACCUGGGAGCCGAAUUGAAUUUCCAGCAAUAACUGGGCAAAAAAAAAUAGCGAAGCUUUAUUUCAUAUUUGACAUAUAG